AUGAUGCAAGUGGUGCAGGCCCACGGCCCCAUGGCCAUGCCGGUGGUAGGAACUAUGUGCGGCCCGAUGCCGAUGGUGUGCCAGGCCCCUGUUGCUUUCGUCGUGAACAUGCAGGGGGCGCUCCCCGGAUCCGUCGUGAACGUACCAGGUGUCAAGAUUGCGUCGAGACUGCUCGUCUUCGUGUUGUUGACACCGAGGCAUCCGAUGGCGUUCGCUCCGAACGCUGCAAGGGGGGGUGGGGUUGUGCCGCCGUGCCGUGCCGUGCCAAGCUGGCAGCCCUGCGAGGAUGUGCAUUCGGAGCCCUCAAGCCUGUCGCCCACACCUUCCGAGAAGAGCUUCCGGCGGGAAACAACCGGGAGCACCAUCGCAUCAGGGUCAUCAACAUCUUCAUUUGGAUUGUCGGAGUCUGACAGAUCCAUGAGCCCAGUUGAACUGUCGCCAUUGGAAGGACCAGGAGGGUUCUCCGUCCAAGGCCGCGUGUGGCAGCUCUGCCAACAGCAGACGGGAUGCCGUCGUGUUCAAGCAGCACUCGACGAGUGCGGCUCAGAUCAGGAGCGAAAGGCCCUGGCUGAGGAGCUGCUUGGACAUGUUUGGGAAGCCGCGCGUUGCCCCUUCGGGAACUAUGUCCUUCAAAGAUUCAUCACACUGCUUCGCCCCAGUGACUGCCAGUUCAUCAUCAAGGAGAUCUCUUCACAUGGAGGCCGAGCCCCCACACAGCUCGCCCGGCAUCGCUACGGAUGCCGUAUCCUGCAGCGCCUACUGGAGCAGUGCCGGCCAGAGCAAAUGGAGCCCGUGACAAACAGCCUCCUGAAGGAGGCUCUUCAGCUGGUCCGGCAUCAGUACGGCAACUUCGUGAUGCAGAGGAUCAUCAGCCAUGGGACGCCCGCCCAGCAGCACUUGCUCUGCCAAGUCCUCGAGCCCCAUGCCCGCGAUUUGACCACAGACCAGAAUGCCAGUGCCGUGCUGGCAAAGGCAUUGGUUCAUGGAAGGUCGGAAGACAAGUCGAGCCUGGCCAGGCGACUUCUCUCACAGCCUGGACUGCUCCUCGCCGCGGCGAAGACCCGGCACGGCCAUCAGACCGCCCUAGCGCUGAUCCGUGCCCUGGAAGGGGACGAUCUCCUGGAGGCCGUGAACAUGAUGAAGUGCAAUGUGGCAUCGCUCAUGCAAUGCCGCUACGGACGGGUCGUGCUGCUCGGAAGCAGGGAGAGGGCAGGGAGGGCAGACGUAGGCUGUAUAGGCCUGACGCGGGCCGUGGUGUUGUCUGACAAGGGCAGCUCGCUCGAAGAUGGAUGGCUAGGCAGACGAGGCAUGGAGAUCCUGUCGAAUGACAACAUGCGCCCUCCGGCCGGGGGUGGCGCUGCACUCGCCGUUCCCAUGGUGGGAGGUAUGUGCAGCCCCAUGCCGACCGUCCUCAUGUGCCCGCAACCUGCAGUUGCUGUCGUCUUGAACAUGCAGGGAGGGGUGCCUGCACAAAUCUUGAACGUGCAGGCAGGGCAGCUUGGCCGCGCAGCUAAGCCGGGUCGCGCUGAGGCAGCCGAUGACCUUCCCGAAUGCUGUGCCGAUCAUGGCUGGGACACAGAUGCCGCAGAUACAGCCGAUACAACCCGUGGCAUCAGUUCAGUGCCAGGCAAGUUGGGGCAAUUGGAUGUAAUUGGUGUUGGAGUCGAGUGCCGAGAUAUCAAGUCUGCCACCCACACCCUCCGCGAGUUGCUUCACUCGAACGACUACCGGGAGCACCACUGCAUCAGGGUCUUCCUUUGGAUUGUCGGAGAGAUCCAUGAAGCCAUCGAUGCCUGCAGCUCUGACCAGGAGCGAAAUGCGCUUGCGCAGGAGAUGGCUGGACAUGUCUGGGAAGCGGCUCGUUGCCCUUUCGGGAACUAUGUCCUUCAGAGAUUCAUCACCUUGCUGAGGCCACGCGAUUGUCAGUUCAUCAUUGAGGAGAUCUCUUCCCAGGGGAGGCGAGCAGCUUCGCAGCUGGCACGCCAUCGCUAUGGAUGUCGGAUCAUGCAGCGACUCCUGGAGCAUCUCCGACAUGAGCAAACGAUGGGAAUGGUGGAUUUCUUGCUUAAGGAGGGGCUUCAGCUCGUCCGGCAUCAGUACGGCAACUUCGUGAUGCAGCGGAUCCUCAGUCAUGGCACGCUCGCACAGCGGCACUCGCUCUGCCAGCUUCUAAAGGCUCAAGCUUCUGAUCUGGCCACGGACCAGAAUGCCAGUGCCGUGUUGGCCAAGGCACUGGCCCAUGUCUGUCCCGAGGACAAGAGAAGCUUGGCCAAUGGGCUCUUGUCGCAGCCAGGGCUUCUCCUUGCCAUGUCCAAAAUUCGGCAUGGCCACCAGACAGCCCUGACUUUGCUUCAUGUCCUGGAGGGGGAGAUGCUUGCAAAGGCCCUGGACACUAUGCAGGAGAACCUUUCAGCCUUGUCGCGCUCUCGCUACGGCCGGGUAGUGCUAAGGAGCAUCCCGGCGCUGAGUGCGGUCUGCACUGAUCUGCCUGGAGAAGAGGUCGCUGAAAACUCCUGA